GGAAGACGGAGCGCAUCCUUGGGCUGAGGCACCGCGAAGACAGAGAGGCGUACGUGAGUACGUCUUCCACCUCGGACGAGUGCGUGGUGACAGCGACCGACAUGUCAUCAUCAACCUCUGCAAGUAUCCAGAAUAGGACGUGGUUUGAAGAUCUCUUUGCAGAUGACAGAGUGAGGACCCUAUCGCACCAGGUCUCCACUCUUCAGGAUAGGGUGUGGGAGUUGGAGCACAAGAACACCCAGCUGCUUGGUGACAAGGGUAAACUGGAGAAGCAAUUGGAGGAGACGAAGGCAGCGGCUCGGGCCAUCACAAGCCAGAAGGAAGAUGUGGAGAGGAGCUUGAAGGGUGAAAAUGACAAGCUUCGGUCGGAGGUUUUGACCGCGGAGGAAAAGUAUAGUCAAUCUGAAGUGGAGGUCGAGAAGCUCAAGAAAGAAUUAUGUGCAUUGGUGGAGGCAAAUGAGGUGGCUAUGAAGGCAUUUGAUGUUGAGAAGGCAGAGAUGAUGCUCGAAGCUGAGGAGCUUAAAAGGAGGGUGGAGGAACUCCAAUCCAAUAAGGAUUUGAUGGAGGAUGAAAUUAAAAAUCUUCAGCUAGAUGUUCUUACUGCAAAUAAAAAAUAUAGCCUAUCUGAAGCAGAGGUUGAGAGGCUCGGUAUGGAAUUGAGUGCAUUGAUAGAGACGAAGGAGGCAGAUGCGAAGGCAUUUGAUGCUCAAAAUGCGGAAAAUAUGAAGAAAUUGGAGGAUCUUAGGAAGAAGUUGGACGAAAUCCAAACAAAUAAGGAUUUAGUGGAGGGUGUAAAUGAUAAGCUUCAAACGGAGAUUUUAACAGUAGAAGAGAAAUAUAGCCAAUCCGAAGCAGAGGUUAAGUGCCUUAAGCAUAUAUUGGCUGCAUUGGUGGAGACAAAGGAGGCCGCUGCAAAGGCAUUUGAUGCUGAGAAGGUAGAAAUCAUGAAGGAAUUAGACAAUCUUAAGAGGAAACUAGAGGAAAUCCAAGCUAUCAAGGAUUUAACGGAAAGUAAAAAUGACGAGCUUCGGUCAGAGAUAUUGGCUAUGAAGCAUAAACAUAGUCUAUUUGAACAAGAAGUUAAGAGCCUUAAGAUGGAAUUGGAUGCACUAGAGGUGGCAAAGGAGGCUGCUGUGAAUAAGAAGGCAGAAAUCCUAAAGGAAUUGGAUGAUCUUAAGAGGAAGGUGGAGGAAGUCCAUGCCAACAAGGAUUUCGUGGAGGGUGAAAAUGAUAAGCUUCGGUUGGAGAUUUCGACUGCAAUACAGAAACAAAGCAUGUAUGAAGCAGAAGCUAACAACCUCAAGGUGGAAUUGGGUGCAUUAGUGGAGGCGAAGGAGGCGGAUGCAAAGGCGUUUGACGCCGAGAAAGCAAAAGCCAUGAAAGAAUUGGAGGGCCUUAAGAAGAAGGUGGAGGAAAUCCAGACCAAAAAGGAUUUGGUUGAGGGAGAAAAGGAUAAGCUUCGGCUGGAGAUUUUAAUAGCGGAACAGAAACAUAGCAUGUCCCAAUUAGAGGUUAAAAGGCUCAACAUGGAAUUGGUUGCGUUAGCAGAGGAGAAGGAGACAGUUGCGAAGUCAUUUGAUGCUGAGAAGGCAAAACUCAUGAAGGAAUCAGAGGACCUCAAGAGAAGGAUGGAAGAGAUCCAAGUCAUCAAGGAGGCGGCUGAGGAAGCAUGGCGCAGCAAGGAUGCUGAGGUCAAUAGGCUGAGGGAUGAGUUGGUGAAUAUCCGUGUUUCUGUGUCACAGCUGCAAGCAUCCUACGACGGACUUGAUGCCAAGCAUUCACGCCUGAAUAAUGAGAAGAGUUCAAUCCAGAAAGCAUUAGAAGCUGAGAAGGUUGAAGCAUGCAAGCUGAAGUCAAAAAUUCAGGAACUUGAGAAUUACAAUGCUGGAAAGGAUGGUGAGACUGAGAAACUGAAGGCGGCGCUGGAGGAGAAGAAGAGUGAGAUCGAUACCAUGAGCAAGGACAUUGAGCAGCUGCAUCUCGCGGUUGCUGAGGCGCAAGAGAAGAAUAAGGGUAGCAUUUUAUCAUGCUUAUCAUCGUGCCGCUCGAAUCCAUGCCUUCUUCCUCACCGACACUCCAUCCUUUCCUUCUCUCCUUUCCUUCUUCCCUUGUUGUAUUCACAUUCAGGCGGCAUCUUCCACCUCCGACGAGUGCGUGAGAACAGCAGCCGCAAGUCGUCGUUAACCUCUCCUCCAAUUCUCCACAACAUGCCGUAUUAUUCUUCAUAUUGGUCAGAGUACGUUGAUCAGUACUGGAAGGCGCAGCGGCUAGAGAAAGAGAAGACCAGACUGUCCAACGAGAAGCGUGAUCUGGAGAGGCGGCUGGCGGAGAAGACGAGGUCCGCUCAGGCGUCCUCAACCCAGGUCUCCGCGCUGGAGCACAAGGUGCGGGAGCUGGAGCGCCAGAACACCGGGCUCUCCGGCGACCUGGCGAAGCAAAGGGAGGACACGAAGAAGGCCGGUCUGCUGUUCAUGGACGCCGCCGACAGGUACGAACAAGUCGCGAGGAAGCAGAUAAUGGCAGGGGCGGCGGAGCUGGAGAACGCGAGGAAGGCGAGCCUGCUUCUCAUGGACGCCGCCGACAUGUACCAAGACGCGGCGAAGAAGCAGACGAGGGCGAAGGAGGAGGAGCUUGAGGACGCGAGGAGGGCGGUUGCGUUGCUGAUGAGCGCUGCGGAUGCGUACCAGCAGGAGGCGAAGAAGCAGAUCAAGGAGAAGGUGGAGGAGCUCAAGAUCCUUGGGGCUCAGAAGGCGGAGAUGGAUGCGAGGGCAGCAGCUUUGGAGUCGGAGCUCGAUGCAGCUCUGUCGAAGAAUCAGGAAUUGGAGGUCGAUCGUGACAAGGUGAAGGUUGAGAAUGGUGGUCUGCGGUCAGAGGUCGAGAGGCUCAUGAUGGAGUUGGGUGCGUUGGUAGAGGUCAGGGAGGCAGCUGCAAAGGCAUUUGACGAUGAGAAGACAGAAAUCAUGAAGGAAUUGGGAGACCUUAAAACGAAAGUCGAGGAAAUUCAAGCCAGCAAGGAUUUGAUGAAGGGUGAAAACGAUAAGCUUCAGUCAGAGGUUUGAACAAACAAACCUUAGUCUAAAGGUGCUAAUUAUUCCAACACAUCGGAGACGGUUCAUCAGUUACUGACGAACCUAGCCAAUACCCCCAAGAAAAACUGGCGGCAAGGAUUGAGAUUCCUCGUCAUAAACUCACUUGUUGGGAAAGUUCAGGCAAUUUUCCUGCUGGUACAUUUUUCUUUUUUAAAAAAAAAAAAGCAACUUCUGCCUGCAGAAAUUUGCAUAUUCUGUUUACAGGUCUAGUUAACCACUGGAAGGAGCUUACCUGAUGUCAGAACUGAAGAGACCUUGUAAUGGUAAAUGAGUGUCACCAACUGACUGCUCAGCUACAUUAUUUAGAAUCCAAAGCUAAAACCUUGUGUGGUUUUUUAUCUCCAAUAUUGUAUUGCACAUUUGCAUGGCCGCUAUGUUACCGAGUCUUAUUCAUGAAUGUGAGGAUUUCUUGUUGGUGUUGAGCCACCAUCUUGGGACUUCUGCCAGAAUGAUCUCAACAGGCGAUGGCAUUAUUGGG